AUGGAUAAGGACCUAGUUGAAAAUGAGCUUUCGUUUUCAACAGCGACCAGAAUUGCUCUUGAGGUGGAUCAGCUUUCAGUGUUGGCAGGUAACAACACUCCCAUCGUUCAAGAUAUCUCCAUGAGAGUGCCUAGUGGUUCUAUCAUAGCUAUUGUCGGUGGUUCUGGAUCCGGAAAAACAACUCUUCUUAACGUACUGGCAUCCAAGGUGUCAAGAAAUUUGAAGAAAACCGGUUCUUUCCGGUUCGUGCCCGAGUCUCCAGAACACUCUGGAGAGAUAACAACAGCGUACCUGACGCAGCAAGACAUCCUUGCUCCCAAACUCACAUGCCGUGAGACGCUGCAGUAUGCGUCAGAUCUUAAGCUGCGAUGUAGCAAGAACGAGCGCCGGAAGCUUGUAGAAGAGCUCAUUGCAGAGUUGGGACUUCGAGAUUGUGCCACUACGCUGGUUGGCGAUUCACGCCACCCCGGUUUAUCUGGAGGAGAAAAAAGAAGACUAAGUAUAGGAGUCCAGAUGAUAGCAAACCCUUCCCUCCUGUUUCUCGAUGAGCCUACAACAGGGUUGGACGCUUACUCCGCUUUUCUAGUCAUCAAAACACUCAAAAAACUGAGCCACAAAGGUGGAAGGACAUUCAUUAUGAGCAUUCACCAGCCGCGAGCUGAUAUUUUAUUCCUGCUGGACCAGGUCUGUAUCAUGUCGAAAGGCCAAAGUGUGUUUUGUGAUAAAGUUGUUCGUAUGGUCCCUUAUUUCAAAGAACUCGGGUAUGAGGUGCCACCUCAUGUUAAUCCAGCAGAUUACUUUAUCGACCUCUGUAGUGUUGACUCGCGGUCUCCUCAACUCAUACUGGACACUCAAGCGAGGCUUGAUGAGCUUGUCAAGAAUUGGAAGAUUAAACAAGACAAUUUUCAUCCUUUCAGUAAUCCCGAAAUGCCUCCCGCCGUUCCGACAAUGCCAAGUGUACCUUUUUGGAGACAAGUUCACGUUCUAACCAGACGAAAGUUGCGUUUUAGCUUGAGAGAUUACACAACAUGCAUUGCAGUAUUGCUUGAACCUGUAGUGAUAGGAGUGAUCACGGGCUGGAUUUUCUACAAACCUGACGGAACCUCUUUAAAAGGCUUAAGAACCAUGACAAGCGCAUUGUACUCUGCAGGCGCCCUACAAGGCUAUCUGUUUCUCUUGUUUGAAAUUUACAGAUUGUGCGACCAAGAUAUUAAAGUUUACGACAGAGAGCGGGGUGAAGGCUGCGUCACACCGUUUUCUUUCUUGGUGUCUCAAAGAUUGGCGAAUUUUGUCGUUGUAGAUUUCCCUGUGCCAUUUCUGUUUUCCAUUAUCACAUACUUCAUGUAUGGGCUUAGCGCCAAUGCCAAGAGCUACUUCAUUUAUUUAUCGGUAGUGCUCCUCAUACACCAGUCAUCAGUGUCAUUCGCAAUGUUUUCGGUAGCCAUAUCCAGAGACUUUUCGCAGGCUUCAUUGAUCGGAAACCUCAAUUAUACCCUUCAAUCAAUGGCAUGCGGUUUUUUUGUCAAUGCAAAAAGUAUGCCUGUCUAUGUUCGGUGGACCAAAUACAUCACAUACUUGUGGUAUAGCUUCGGAGCGCUGAUGUCAAAUCAAUUUACGGACUUCGCGUGUGGCACAGGAGAGGAUGGAGGUUGUCUUGGAAAUAUGAUUUUGCAGACUUUCGGUUUUCCAAGGCACUGGCGAACUGUACCAAUAAUAAUUGUUUUCUGCUGGACUAUUGCAUACUACCUCAGCGCGGUAGCAAUACUGUAUCUUAAGAAAACAGAGGUUGGUUUAGCAAAGCGUGUCAAGUCUAAAAAAAAGGUCGAAAAAGCUGACCCAUUGAUGGAAGUUGAUGUUGAGUCUAACCCGCUACAAGCUGAAACAAGUGAGGAGCAAGGAAUAACCAUUGAAUUGUGCGGCAUUAACCUCAAAGCCCAAAAGAAACACUUUUCUAUUCCGCGCUUUGCAAAGAAGAAAGGCGAAACUACUAUCGACAUUCUUAACAACAUUGACGCCAUUUUUCAACCUAACGCCCUAAAUGCUAUUAUGGGCCCAUCAGGUUCCGGGAAGUCGACGCUUCUCAACCUGCUGUCAGGCAAACUUCGUUCUAAUAUUUUUGCUUCCUUUGAAACGGACGGAUCAAUACUUUAUAAUGACACGCAAGUGAAUCAAGAAGUAUUCAAAAGUAUCUGCUCUUUUGUUCCGCAAGAUGAUGAUCACUUACUGCCCCAGCUUACCGUGCGAGAAACUUUGGCAUUCGCUGCCGACCUGAGGCUGCACCGCUUGAAGCCGAAAGAGCGUUCUCGUAAAGUUGACGAGCUAAUCACUGAGUUAGGUUUGAAGCACUGCGAAAAUACGUUGGUUGGAUCUGAGCUGGUGAAAGGCAUCAGCGGGGGUGAAAAAAGAAGAGUGUCAAUGGGAACACAUUUGUUGAUGGACCCACCUGUUCUUCUCUUAGACGAACCUACUUCAGGACUUGACAGCUUCACAUCUUUCAAAAUACUAGAGGUUUUAUCCAACAUAAGCAAAAAGCCAGGGAAAACAGUUAUUCUCACCAUUCAUCAGCCAAGGGCAGAGGUUUUUCAACAGUUAGGAAACAUUCUCUUACUCGCCAAAGGUGGCCGUAUUGCUUUUAAUGGUUCCCCUCAUGAAAUGAUAGGCUACUUUAGCCGUUUAGGUUUUGAAUGCCCUCCUUUGACGAACGUCGCUGAUUAUUUCCUUGACUUAAUAUCUGUUAAUACUCAAAAUGAGACAAACGAGGUCAUCUCCCGGAAACGUGUUGAGUACUUAUUGCAUAAUUGGGAGCAAGAGGGACAGGCGUUCACUAAAAGGUCCACAGAGAGCUCGGACAAAGAGCGUUAUAAUGUUUUUGAAUUUGAAGAUUGGAAAAGAGGGAAAGCUUCUUUUAGCAUGGCUUACCGGGUCUGUGUGAGACGUCAAUUCCUAACAAUUACAAGAAACAUGCAAUCCUUGAGCGCAAGGCUGGCUCAAAUACCAGGCGUCGGCAUAAUUCUUGCACUCUAUUAUGCCCCCGUUAAGCAUAAUUACGCGAGUGUUUCAAACCGUCUUGGGCUUAUCCAACAAUCGACUGCUCUCUACUAUACGGGCAUGCUCACAAACCUUGCCUGUUAUCCUGGCGAAAGAAAUUAUUUUUACCAGGAAUUCGAUGAUAACAUAUAUGGAGUCACGCCUUUUUACUUGGGUUACAUGACCCUCGAACUGCCUAUGGCAGCGUUCGCCUCUUCAUUGUACGCAAUAUUCACGGUCUUGGUGUGUGGCCUGAACCGAACUGCUGGUAACUUUUUCGUUACGAUGUAUUGCAGUCUGAUUAUUUCAACUUGUGGCGAAGCGUUGGGCAUAAUUACUAAUACCCUUUUUACAACUCCUGGUUUUGUGGUUAAUGUGGUUUCGAUAGUGCUUACUAUUGGCUGUGUAAUGUCUGGUUUGAUGUCCUUGCAAAUGUCCAGAGUUUUAAAAGGUUUCAAUUACUUGAGUCCCCUCAAUUACACAUCGAUGAUUCUUAUUAAUUAUGCCUUCCCCACUGAUAUGAAGCUCUCUUGCAAUGACGGAGGAAGAAACUCAGAUGGGUCGUGCAUGCUUUCUUCGGGGAAGGACGUUCUGGAAAGUUAUGGCCUGAAGACAGAUACUCGAAAAUAUUUGGGAAUUAUAAUAUGUGUCUGGUUCAUAUACCGGUUCAUUGCCUAUCUGACUUUAAGAGCAAAAUUGGAGUGGGUCCGGUGGUAA